UCCUUUUGUUUGUUUGGGGGAGGGGAUGGGGAGGGGGGAGGGGAAUAUUAAAAAAAGAGAAGAAUUCAGUUAACGAGAAAAUUAAAAAGGAAAUGGGCAAUUAUUGUUUAAUAUUAUUUUUAUGCUUUUCUAAAACAUUGCUGAAGGCCGUUGCACAUAAAACAAUGACAAUGAGAAGCAAAAGAGCGUUGAAAGGCUUAAAGCAAAGAAAUUGUGUGUGUAUAUUAGAAAACAAUAGAAAAAAUAAUUAUUUAUUUAGUUUUUAUUAAAUAAAUUUUGUAAAAUUUUUUUUGUUAAUUUUGUUAAGAAAGGCAAGGAAAGAAAGGAAGAUAUUUUUUGUAUGAAGAUGUAUAUGGGGAUAUCCAUGAGUUUGUAUAAUUUUAGU